AUGGAUGACCAAAGUCUGGGUUGGAACCAACUGAAGGACUUCCAGGCACAAUGGAACGGAGGCUACAUGCGCAUCCAUUAUAGUGAGACUGAAGGCGAUUCCGACAAAGCUAACACAUCCUCCACACCCAUUAACAAUACCCGCGAAAGAGACAUUGGCGACCACAUUCAAAGCGCUGGCCAAGAUUCACCUCGCUUAUGCGACACCAAUCUCGUCUCCUACGAUCAGCUCUUCUAG